AUGAGUCAGACGGAACAUAGUUGCACUAAGAAGUCUUGUCGUUUGCCAGACUCGGCAGAGAUGGUUUCAUGUGAGAAUUGUAAGCGAUGGUGGCAUUAUGCUUGUGCCAAGUUUAACCAGGACUUAUUCUCCACUGCCGAUCCAUGGUAUUGCAAGAAAAGUGAUUGCGUUUUUAGGGAAGACGAACCAGAAGAAGCUCUUAGUGAAGAGGUUAAUAAAGAAAGUAAUGUACAAAAGGACAAAGAACCAGAGGAAGUUGCUACAGUAGAUUUGCUGUUGGAAGCUGCUGCAGUGGCUCAAGCAGCCGCUGCUCAAAAGGAUGCAGAACUUCUUUCUUUAAAGAACGAAUUAGAAGAAAUGAAAAGGAAGAUGGCAAUUUCUUCACUUCCAAGCAAACCACUAGACCCUCCAGCAUCAUCAGUCGCCAAGCCACUUUCAGAUGAAAGAUUAGAAAUGAUUAAACGAAUUCAAGCCAAUCAUCAGUCGCUGUUAAAAAUGCCACUCAACCACGUCAAUCUACACCAAUUCGAGUUGCCAACAUUUUCUGGAAGUAAUAAGCGGGAAUGGCCUUAUUUCGAGGAAGUUUUCAGAUCGACGACCAUUGAAGGGAAGUACAAUGCAAAAGAAAAUGUUGCUCGGCUUCGUAAAGCUCUUAAAGGGGAAGCAUAUCAGCUGGUCAGUGAUCGUCUGAAAUAUUCAACCGAUGAUGAGGCAAUUAUGGAUUCUUUGCGUGUUAUAUUCGGACGUUCUGAUGUCUUGGUUCAUGGGUUGACGGCAGAUCUUCUCAAGCUUCCGGCUUUCAAGUCGAAAAGCGAUCCAAAUCUACAUUUAUGGGCUGUUAAAGUGAACGGAUUUGUUGCUGAUUUGAAGUCGAUGAACAGAAUUGAUGACCUGACAAAUGGGUAUGUGUUGACUGACCUGUCUUGCAAAUUAGGCGCAGGACUUUAUCAGGAUUGGCGAAAAAGGCAAGUGUCAAACCCUCGAACAUCAAUAGAGGAUCUUGCAAAUUUCCUUAUGCAGAAAGUUAUUGAUUUGCCACCGGAGUUAGUGAAGCCUUUGGAAACCUCUGCUCCAAAAAGGACACAGCUGGGACAGAAAACUACAAAUCGAGUGUUGACUCAUCAGCCAUUACAAACAUCCGCAGUUUCAAAGGUUCCUUGCGCUAAAUGUGAAGGCAAAGAACAUACUCUUAUUGAUUGUGCAGAAUUUAAGUUGUUGUCGCCAGAAUCAAGAUUAUCAUUUGCAAGAGAGCAAAAAAUAUGUUUUCGUUGUUUGGACCCAGCCCAACAUGAUUGGAAGUCGUGUUCUAAGAAGAAGACUUGUGGUAUAUCCGGAUGCUCCGGUCGUCAUCAUCCUCUUCUACAUCAGUCGCCCGUUCAGCAUACUAAAGAGUUAAAUGUGUCGGCCGUUCCAUAUAUUCCUAAUUCCAAGUUUAAUUCAAACCAUAUAAGUUCUGAGAUGCCCGUGAUGUUUAAGGUGGUACCUAUACGACUUUAUGGGAUAAACGAAAAGGUUAUUGACACCUUUGCAUUUCUGGAUGAUGGGUCAUCUUUAACUAUGAUGGAAAAAGAUUUGUUCGAUGAGCUUGGACUCGAAGGCCAACCCGAAAACCUAACUCUCCAGUGGACGAAAGGGGUAUCUAGAAAUGAAGAUUCAAUUAGAACUACUUUAGCGGUUUCGAGUGUUCGAAACAAAAAACGCCACCUUUUGAGAAAUGUGUAUACAGUGAAAGGAUUGGAGCUUCCAAUGCAGUCUACUAAUACUGCCCAAUUAAAAGAACAGUAUCCACAUCUUCGUGGUCUCCCGCUUUCAGACCUAAUCGAGGCUAAGCCUAAGAUUUUGGUAGGGUUAGAUCAUGCGAAGUUCCUUUUGGGCCAUGGCCAGAGACACGGCAAUGAUGAAGAACCAUGUGCCUUAAAAACUCUACUGGGGUGGAUAGUUUAUGGUAAGUCUGCUCCCACGAUUAGAGCAACCUGUUUUCAUGAUGUUUCAAGGCCGGCUAUGCAAGUUUUGUUUCAUGACGCCAUCAAAUCCGAAGAUGAACUCCACGAAUUAGUGAAACGUCAUUUUACAACGGAGGAAUUUGGUGUUAUGGCGCCGAAGGGUGAUUUGAUUAGUAAAGAGACAGGUCGUGCUCUGAGCAUCAUGGAGAGUACGAUCAAGUAUGUCAACAAUCGGUAUGAAAUUGGUUUGUUAUGGGAUGCUGAUGAUGUGAAGCUGCCAGAUAGUUUCUCAAUGGCGUUUAGUAGACUUAUUUUAUUGGAGAAGUCGUUGAAGAAAAAACCACACCUCUUAGAGUGGAAAAACAAUCAUAUGCUCAGUCUGUUAACCAAGGGCUAUGCGAGGAUUGCCACUGCGGACGAGCUUAAAAAAGAAUGGCCCCGAGUUUGGUACGCGCCUACUUUCAUCGUUGAAAAUCCGAACAAGAGCCCUCCAAAACCCAGAGAUGUGGCUGAUUUUGCAGCAGAGGUGUGUGGGGUCUCUUUAAAUUCUCAUUUACUCAAGGGUCCUGACAACAUAGUGUCUCUUCACGCCGGUAUUUUCAAGCUUCGAGAACGCAAGGUAGCAGUGAAUGCUGACGUCAAGGAAAUGUUUCACCAGAUUAGAAUAAAACCAGAAGAUCAGCAUUGUCAGCGCAUUCUCUGGAGGGAUGGAGAUACAACCAAGAAGCCCAUAGUUUAUAUCAUGGAAGUGAUGAUGUUUGGCCCUAGGUGUUCUCCUGUGUGUGCCCAAUUUGUUAAAAACUUUCAUGUUAACAAGUUCAAGCAUGUAUUCCCAGAUGCCGUAGAUGGUUUAGUUAACCGGACCUAUGUUGACGAUUACUUCAACAGCCAUGAUACCGUGGAACAAGCCUUAUCGGUCACAAAAGAUGCCAUUCAAAUUUGCAAGUCGAUGGGUUUCGAGUUGGUAAACGUCCAGUCAAAUUGUUUGGAUUUUUUGAAGCAAGUUCCAGAGAAAAAUGUUAAUGCUAAAUUGAUUAGCAUAGAUCCGAACGAAUCUGACAGUCACAUAACAAAAAUUUUGGGUUUGUAUUGGCUUCCUAAUUUCGAUCUUUUUACUUAUAGGAUCUCAGAUGAUGGUUUGUUAAAGAAGAUGUUAACUUCAGACAGCUCAAUAUCUAAACGUGAAAUUCUUAAAACUAUCAUGCGUAUUUUCGAUCCACUGGGACUUAUUUCUCAUUAUAUUAUCCGAGGCAGGAUAAUUCUUCAAGAAGUUUGGAGGGAAGGUUCUAACUGGGAUGAACCAAUCUCAAAUCAUCUAAGAGAACAAUGGAAAGAAUUCAUCAAUGAGUUGAUAAGCAUUGAAAAACUGAAAAUUCCACGCUUGUAUGUUUCAUGGUCUCCUAGCAUUUCAGAGCCCAGUCUUGUAGUCUUCGUGGAUGCUUCAGAAAAAGCCUUCGCUGCGGUUGCAUACUUGCGUUUUCAAAAAGAUGAUGCCGUUGAAGUUUCUCUGGUUAUGGCUAAAGCAAAGGUUGCGCCAUUGAAGAAGUUGUCGGUUCCACGUUUGGAAUUGCAAGCCGCAGUUCUUGGAACUCGUCUAGCCCUGACUAUAAGAACUUCUCAUUCAAUAUCGUUUCGUGAAGUUCUCUUCCUCUCGGACUCAAAAACAGUACUCUCCUGGAUAAGUUCUGCAGAAUAUAAGUUCCCCACAUUUGUUGCCGUUAGAAUCGGAGAGAUCUUAGAUUCAACUUCACCUCGACAAUGGUAUCACAUUAGCUCUGAAGACAACGUAGCGGAUGAUGGCACAAAAUGGUCCGAUCCUCGUAUGGGGAAUUACGAGUCCAGGUGGUUUAAGGGACCUGAUUUUCUAAGAGAACCCUUUGAGUUAUGGCCAAUUAAAUCUAGCCAAUCGAAAAACGUAGAAGCCGUCUUCAGCGAAGCAGAUACUAGCGUUAUGGUUCAUACAAGCACAUCAAGAAUUUCCUUCCUCGUUUACGACCAGUUAAAACCAAGGUUUCAAGCGAAUUGGGGUUCUUCAGUGAGAACGAUUGCAUUUUUACUGCGUGCUAAAGACUUUUAUUUUAAAAAAGAUAUAGAAAAAGAACGUUUCGUUACACCAUCUGAAUAUAAACGAGCAGAACACUGGCUGUUUAGAAAAGUUCAGCAAGAUGCCUUUUUGCCUGAAUUCAAUUCUCUGAGUAAGAGCAAAACAGUUGAGAAAUCGAGCUCGCUAUACAAUUAUUCUCCAUUCCUGGAUUCUGAAGGUACUAUUCGCAUGAGUUCUAGAGCUCAAAAGGCGCUUAUUUCAUAUGCCUCUCGAAAUCCCGCGAUUCUGCCGAAAAACCAUCCUCUUAUCGACAUAUUUGUGCAAUAUCAUCACGAUCGCAAUUUUCACACUGGAACAGCUGGAAUCAUUUCAGAUAUACGGGAGAGAGCAUGGAUUAUAAGUAUUAGGACUGUAGUUCAAAGAAUCAAAACCCGCUGCAAUAUGUGUAAACUUAUCAGAGCUAAGCCACAAAUGCCGUUGAUGGGCCAACUUCCAGUCGCUCGUGUAUCCUUUGAUUCAAGGCCAUUUACACACGUUGGGGUAGAUUGCUUUGGUCCGCUGCUUGUGAGAUUUGGAAGAGGAACUGUAAAGAGAUAUGGAAUGAUCUUCACCUGCCUAACGUUUAGGGCAGUUCAAAUUGAGCUUUUAAAUGACCUGUCUUUGGACCAAUGUACUAUGGCAGUCCGCCGGUUCUUAGUUAACCGAGUUGUUACUAAAUUUUUGUACAGUGAUAAUGGACUAAACUUUGUCGGUACAAAAAAUCUACUAGAAAAGGAUGCCAAGGAGAUGAAAGCAGCUCUUUGUGAGUACUCAGCAAAGUAUGAGGGUAUAGUGUGGCGAUUCAUUCCUGCGUAUUCACCAUGGAUGGGUGGUGCGUGGGAGAGGCUAAUUCAGUCUAUAAAAAACACUGUUGAUUUUAUUUUACGAGGAGUUGUACCAAGAGAAGAUGUCCUUCGAAAUGCUCUCAUUGAAGCCCAGGGACAGAUCAAUCGGCGACCGCUCACACAUAUUCCAGUGGACCCUGACGAUCCUAAACCACUAACACCGAAUUCCAUGCUCUUUGGUGAUGAUGACAGAGAUGUUACGGCCCCCGGAAUUUUCUAUGACAGUGAUAUAAAUAGUAAGUUGUACAGUCGAAGGUCGCAACAUUUGAUGGCAGAGUUCUCCAAACGAUGGUAUCUAGAAUACUUACCUGAAAUAACAAGGCGAACUAAGUGGCACAAGAAUGUAAAACCAGUUGUUGAAGGUAGUAUUGUCAUCUUGGUGGAGCCAAACGAAAUAAGAUCAUCAUGGAAAAUGGGAGAAGUAACUAAAGUGUAUCCAGGCCCUGAUGGAGUUGUCCGAACCUGUGAUGUGCGAAUAUCAAAUGGAAUUAUAAAGCAGAAGAGAGCAGUUGGUCGGCUCGCUGUGCUUGAUAUUUUGUCUUCACCCUAG